CAAGAGGAGCAUCUAUUAAAGUGAUCUCUCUUCUACUUGAUCUCCGUUCUUGUCCCUACAGCGAAGGGUGUGGUUCAGCUCAGCCCACCCAAAGCGGGGUUGCUUGUGCUACAACUCACCAUGGCCAGCGGCACGACCGCCACCGCCGACACGACGGUGCCACAGCCCCCGCCGUCGCAGGGGAGGCUCAUCACGGUGCUGAGCAUCGACGGCGGCGGCAUCCGGGGGCUCAUCCCGGCCACCAUCAUCGCCUGCCUCGAGGCCAAGCUCCAGGAGCUGGACGGCCCGGACGCUCGGAUCGCCGACUACUUCGACGUGAUCGCCGGGACGAGCACCGGUGCCCUGCUCACGUCGAUGCUGGCGGCGCCGGACGAGAACAAGCGGCCGCUCUACGCCGCCAAGGACCUCACCACCUUCUACCUCGAGAACGGCCCCAAGAUCUUCCCACAGAGGAAGCUAGGCUGGCUGACGUCGGCGAUGAACCUCGUGGGCACGAUGAGGGGCCCCAAGUACGACGGCGUGUUCCUGCACGACAAGAUCAAGAGCCUCACCCACGACGUGAGGGUCGCGGACACGGUGACCAACGUCGUCGUGCCGGCGUUCGACGUCAAGUUCCUCCAGCCGGUCAUCUUCACCACGUACGAGGCCAAGGCCGACCCGCUCAAGAACGCGCACCUCUCCGACAUCUGCAUCAGCACGUCGGCGGCGCCGACCUACUUCCCGGCCCACUUCUUCACGACCGACGACGGCAAGGGCGGGUCCCGGGAGUACCACCUCGUCGACGGCGGCGUGGCGGCCAACAACCCGACGAUGAUCGCCAUGUCGAUGCUCACCAAGGAGGUGCUCCGCCGCAACCCGGACUUCAACCCCGGCAAGCCCACCGAGUACCGGAACUACCUCAUCAUCUCCGUCGGCACCGGCUCCGCCAAGCUCGCCGAGAAGUACACGGCGCCGCAGUGCGCCAAGUGGGGCCUCAUCCAGUGGCUCUACGAGGGCGGCUUCACCCCCAUCAUCGACAUCUUCUCCCACGCCAGCGCCGACAUGGUUGACAUCCACGCGGCCGUCCUCUUCGAGUCCCUCCAUUGCCAGAAGAAUUACCUCCGCAUCCAGGACGAUUCUCUGACGGGUGACGCGUCGUCGGUGGACAUCGCGACGAAGGAGAACAUGGAGGCUCUGAUCGGGAUCGGCAAGGAGCUUCUCAGGAAGCCGGUGGCGAGGGUGAAUAUCGACACGGGGAUGUACGAGGCCGUCGCCGGCGAGGGCACCAACGAGGACGCGCUCGCACGCUUCGCCAGGAUGCUCUCCGAGGAGCGGAAGCUACGCAAUAAGAAUCUCAACUCCUACUAGCUUUAAUCUACUGCUUCUCUGCUGUUAUAUUACUCUGCUCUUGGAAAUAGUAAGUUGUUGAAGGACAGAGAAGAGGAAGAACAAGUGCCAUGUGCCUAUAAAGUUAAAAUACUACUGCUUCUGGUCUGCAUCCACAUCUGGUGUGUAUGAUCACCGAUAACGUCGUAAAAACAAAUGAAAAAGAGAUUGAUAUGAAAGUAAUUUUGGAGAUGAACGGUGAAAUUUUCAUGUGA